CAGGACCAUGGCCAACAGUGAGCGCACCUUCAUUGCUAUCAAGCCUGAUGGGGUCCAGCGGGGUCUGGUGGGCGAGAUCAUCAAGCGUUUUGAACAGAAGGGAUUCCGACUUGUUGGCCUGAAAUUUAUGCAGGUACAUUUUUCUCUCUUAACCCUGACAUUUCUGUUGAGGAUUUCGGUUUGGUGAAGAAUGGAAGAAGAGAUACUUGACAUGACUCUAAAGGGAUAUUCCAUCUGCUAUGGACUUGAGAAACAAAGGAAAACCUAGUUUCCCUACCCCACAAUAAAAAGCAUAUGGCUUCAGAGGACCUUCUCAAAGAGCACUACAUUGACCUGAAGGACCGUCCCUUCUUUACUGGCCUAGUGAAAUACAUGCAUUCAGGACCAGUGGUUGCUAUGGUCUGGGAGGGGUUGAAUGUUGUGAAGACAGGCCGGGUGAUGCUUGGAGAGACCAACCCUGCAGACUCUAAACCUGGGACCAUUCGAGGAGACUUUUGCAUCCAAGUUGGCAGGAACAUCAUUCAUGGCAGCGAUUCUGUGGAGAGUGCAGAGAAGGAGAUCGGCUUGUGGUUUCAGCCUGAGGAGCUGGUGGAUUACAAGAGCUGUGCACAAAACUGGAUCUAUGAGUGACAGGAGGGCACCUGCUUUUCCCCUCUACUUACCCCUAUUCUUACAGGCAAGGGACCAGCAACUCUAGAUAUUCCUGGAACUUCCUUUGACCUGGAAGGAACCUCUGGGAGCUGUGAUUUCCUCUGCAGUGUUAAGUGCCACUGGUUGAUUAAAGUGUUUCAUCUCCAGUA